AUGAAAACUGAAGACUCGAGCAAGACAAUGCUGUCGAGUGAUAAUGAGUUGCCUGAUCCUCCUGAGGCCCUUUCGUCACAACCACCUGCAUCGUUCAAAGGCCGGAUAGCAAAGUAUGAGUACACCAACAGCUCAGCCAAGGAAGAUCAGACACCGUCAUCCGCAUCCCCUGCGCGACCAGCGAAGCGUUUACGAACUACAUCUGUGACCGCCACGAAGGCCACACCAUCUCCUCGCGCCGCAAAGAAGCAGCGCAAGUCCAGCAAAUACGCCGACCCAUCACAAUACGCGCACCUCUCCCCGCUCGUCGACAUCCUAGAACCAAACCUAGUAUGUGUUUUCGUGGGUACAAACCCAGGCGUUAGCACCGCGCUCCACGGACACGCGUACGCGCACCCCUCGAAUCAUUUCUGGAAGCUGCUGCACUCGUCCGGGCUUACUGAACGGCGCCUCGCGCCUAGCGAGGACAGGAGUCUGCCUGCGCAGUAUUGCAUGGGCAACACCAAUAUUGUGGAGCGCCCGUCCAAAGACGCUGCGCAGCUCAGUAAGGAGGAGAUGACCGAGGGCACGCGCGAGCUGGAGCGCAAGUUUGCGCUCUACAGACCGGAGGCUGUAUGUAUUGUGGGCAAGGGUAUUUGGGAGGCGGUGUGGCGGUUUCGGUACGGGAGGAGUAUGAGCAAGGGAGAGUUUGCGUAUGGGUGGCAGGAUGAGAGGCAUAACAUGGGGAUGGUGGAGGGGGAGUGGAAGGGGAGCAAGGUGUUCGUGACGACGAGUACGAGUGGGUUGGCGGCGAGUUUGAAGCCUGCGGAGAAGGAGGCGAUAUGGAAGCCUUUUGGGGAGUGGGUCCAGCGGAGGCGGGAGGAGCGUGGGUUCGUACCUGGGGGAAUCGAGGAAGAAGUUAAGGAAGAGGUUAAGGAAGAGCGAGCAGCUUGA